AAGUUGUUUGCAAAGGAAGCGUGAAGCGUCUUGGGUAUAAUCACACAAGAGUUUGUGUCAUUAUUUUAUUGUACACUAUCUAUUUGUCGGUACUCUAAUGUGUUCAAAGAAAGAUUCCACGAAGGAUUCAGACAAAUACGAAGAGAAAUCACACACAUCGCUGAGAUAUCGAGUCCUGUGCUGUGUUGGCGACAUCACUAAAACAAUACCAAGAUUCUUAUGAAUGAAUAAUUCUAGCACUAUAAAGCUACACGAAACUUCGUAAGAAAAACAGAAGAAUAUGUCACAUGCUUCCUCAUACAGGCGAUUUUCAAGUACCGACGACAGACGUACUUGUUGGGUUUGUUUUGCCACUGAAGAAGAUGACAGAUCAGCCAGUUGGACAAGACCAUGUCGUUGUAAAGGUACGACUAAGUGGGUGCACCAGACCUGUCUACAAAGGUGGAUUGAUGAGAAACAGAAAGGCAAUAGUACAACAAAAGUAGCAUGUCCUCAAUGUAAUACAGAAUAUCUUAUUGUAUAUCCUAAAUUAGGUUCCUUUGUUUAUAUUCUUGACACUGUGGAUAAGAUAAUAUACAAAGUGUGUCCAUUUGCUGCUGCUGGUAUCGUAGUGGGUUCUAUCUAUUGGACUGCUGUAACAUAUGGUGCAGUCACUGUUAUGCAAGUAUUGGGUCAUAAGGAAGGACUUGAUGUCAUGGAGAGAGCUGAUCCACUCUUUCUUCUAAUUGGAUUACCUACAAUUCCUGUCAUGUUAAUCUUGGGCAAGAUGAUUCGAUGGGAGGACUAUGUACUGAAGCUCUGGAGGAAGCAUUCAACUAAGAUUCCGUUUCUCAAUUAUCUCUUUCCGGACAUAGCUCCUGGUGCCCGUAUACCGGCUGAGACUGGCCCAUUGAAUGAUCCCAUCUCUGCCACAAGGAUUCUGUGUGGUGCCCUGAUCUUUCCAACUGUAGCUACUAUUGCAGGAAAAGUCAUGUUUGGAUCGUUGAAUUCUAACUUACAGAGGACAAUAUUGGGUGGUAUUGCAUUUGUCACAAUCAAAGGUGUUAUGAAGAUCUAUUUCAAACAGCAGCAGUAUCUGAGACAAGUUCAUCGAAAAAUACAAGACUUCCCAGAUGAAGGAAUGAGUCAACAAACUGGAGCAACCCAAGCUACUGGCACCCAGACGUCUUGA